AUGAUUUUUUCUUUUCUUAUUCUCUGUCUCACAAUAAUUUUAGGAUUAAUAUGUUUUAUUACGAUUACAUUCUUUUUACUCUUUAAAUACUCUCCAAAAGUUCCACCUCCUAUACCAAUAACUACUCCUUUAAAGUGCCCAAAAACAAAUCAAAUACCUACUUUUGUUUCUGAUUGGUUUAAUAAUGCACCGUUAAAUGAAGUGUCUUCGUUAUGUAUUAUUCAAAUAGAAAGUGAAGAAACAAGUGCAAUAUUAUCUACUGAUAGUGAAUGUAUUAAUUUAAUAAUAUCAACUCAAUUAGUACGUAUUCCUCUUAAAACAGUACAAAUUAAAAAUGUUAGUUUUAGUGGAAGAAAGAUGUCAAAGAAAAAUUUUAUGAGAGUUAUUGGGGAAUAUGGACCAAUUUAUAAAAACUCUGACAUUGUUCAAAUUCGAUUUAGAUACGCUUAUGAAUUAGAAUAUUGGGAUAAAUUAUUGGAUGAAUUAUGUGAACUUGCACAUAACCAAAGAAGUAGUCAAAUGACUAAAAAUGGUAGUGGAAGAAAACAAUACCAAUUAUUAGGAGAACAAAUGAUUAAAAAUGAACAAGGACUAAGUGAUUCUGAUAAACAUUGGUCUAGUACCGUCAAUAUGUUACUUCAAUUACUUUCAUAUCCCUUCAUUUCUAAUACUGAUUUACAUAAUUUAGUAAGACAUAAAAUUAAUGAAUUAUUUGCAUUAGAAUUAACACCAAAUCUUUCAAUGAAUCUUAUUCAAAUUGGAAAUAAUGUUCCAUAUAUUAAAUCACCUAAAGUACAAUGUGGUAAUGAGCCAGGUGCUAUUACCAUUGAUGGAACACUUGAUUAUACAGGUCCUAUUGGAGCAUCUUUUGUAUAUGAUUUUAAAUUGUUAAAUAUUAAAAUUCAAUUAUCAUUUUCUAUAACAUCAUUAUUAGGGGAUGUUAGAGUAAGAAUAUUAAAAAUCCCAUCAAGUACUCUUUGGUUUUCAUUUCAUGAAUUACCUAAAAUUGGUAUUUCAUAUUAUUUAAGAAUAGGUAAUUAUGAAUGUAAACAAUUACCAACGAUAGAACAAUAUAUUAUUGAAAUGAUUAAUUCUGCUAUCUUAGAAAUUUGUUAUUCUCCUCAAAUGUUUCCAAUUCCUAUUCCAAAUUUCUCUAUGGUUGACUAUCUUAAAGAUAAAGGAAUGAAAAAUGAUGAAAAAAAAGAAAUUAUUGUAGAAGAACAACAAGAACAAAUAAAAGAAGUUCAUGUAGUAGAACAAUCUGAAAAAAAGAGAAGUUUUGAACUUAAACCAAAAGAAAUAAAUAAAAAAGAAGUUCAACAACCUAUAGAAUCAAUUCAACUUCAAAAAGAAUGUACAAAUCCACUUCCUAAAAUUUCUCAGCCUUCAAUAAAAGAAGAAAAUCAAAUUGAAAAUACUCCUAUUCCUAAUAAAUUAAUUGAUGAAGGAAAAAUUAGAAUACCACAAAGUGGUACUAUUGAUAAAACACUUCAACCAUAUUCAUUAAAAGAAUUAGAUAUCUUUUUUGAUAAAGAAGACAUUAACAGAAUUUAUAAUCAUUUUAUAAAUAAAUUAGACACCAUUAAACCUUUAAAUAAAAAACAACCACCAGCACUACCAAAGAAAGACUCAUUAAUAAAACCUUCUACUUUAAUACAACAAACUCAACUUACUACUAAUCUUCAUGAUAAACAACCACCAUCUCUUCCACCAAAACAACUCAUAGAACAACCAAAGAAACAACUCCCAUCUCUUCCACAAAAACAAAUCUUAAAAAAUUCAACUGAAACAAUCUCUCAACAAACAAAAGAAUGUCCUCCAUUACCAAAAAGAGAUCAUCCUACACAAUUAUUAACUAAACCAACUUUACCACCAAAACAUGAUACAUUUAUUAAAUAA